CGUAAUUGUCCGGAAAUCUCGUUGGCUUAAACAGCUGACGUCACUUUGCUUUUCCUCUUCUAUCGCCGUCGUUGAAAGGAAAGGACUGUGUUCGUAAUGUCGUCCCACAAGACUUUCCGUAUCAAGCGCUUUCUGGCCAAGAAACAAAAGCAAAAUAGGCCCAUUCCCCAGUGGAUCAGAAUGAAGACUGGUAACAAGAUCAGGUACAACUCCAAGAGGAGACACUGGAGGAGGACAAAGUUGGGCCUGUAAACAUGACGUUCCUGUGGAAUUCAUCCUCCUCCAUUCCAUCAAAGGACCUCCAGCUGCCAGGAAGGAGAGGACUCCUGUUGAGUGGAGCUGCAGCUGUUUUGUACACAAUCUGGUUCUAGAUUCAAGUAUGAAAAUAAAAUUUCAUCAAACCAA